AUGGAGGAAGAUAACGUUAACAUCAACAUCAACGACGAAAGUGUGGAGAACCCGUUUGCAAGAAGCGGUCUGGCGAGGUCGCCGACCGAACAGAACCAGCAGAAGCAACAACAGCAGCGGGAGCAGCAGGAUCGGGAAAAAGAGCUGCACGAGCAGCAGAAGCGAGAGCAGGAGCAGUGCGAACAGCAGCAGCGCGGGCAGUCGAAGGUGGAAGCUGCGAAAACUGUAGCGGACGAGCUUCGUGAGUUCGUCGACAAGAGACAUAACGUGCACAAGGACAUUAAGGAUCUCGUGACAAGAAUUCAAGGAAGCCUUGGGUCAGCCAUCAAAGACUGGAGAAGAUUGAUGCAGAGAGCGGAAGCAGCAGAAUCUGAGUUGGCGGUGACUAAGAACGCCCUGGCGGCAGCGGUACUGCAGCAGGCGAAAACCGGUACUGCUCCCGGUAGAGGUACUAACACCGACGAACCGACGUGA